CUCAGGAAGAGGAGGAGAUUCAAGAUACACUGUAUAUGUAGAAUAGUUAUCAUGGUUGCUCCGUGAGGACACCUAACUAACAGGGAUCAUGGAUGCAGAGGGCGCCAGGACAAGGAGAGAGGGGGAGGACUGGGAAUGCAGUUCCGUCCACCCUGCUGAGGUGACCCGGGAUUCCCAGUCUGAGCACACGGUUGAGGUGACCCGGGAGGACAAGCUGCUACUCAUUAAAGGGGGGAUUUUUCUUGGCACCGUCGCAACAGCAGGAAUGCUCGUCGGUUUUGGCACAACAUUGUCCCUUGCAAAGAGAAACAGUCCCAACUGGUUCAGUAAGGGUGCUACUGCAACAGCUGCCUUACCAGAAAGUGGUUCAUCACUUGCACUGAGGGCUUUAGGAUGGGGGUCUCUCUAUGCCUGGUGUGGAGUGGGAUUAAUCAGUUUUACUGUAUGGAAAGCACUAGGAGUGCACAGUCUUAACUCUCCCUGGCAUACUUACGUUCGGGAUGUCGACACUUGGGAUUCCGGUGCCGCUAGUCAAGGAAAAGUCAAGGACACUGGCCGUUUUAAAUGCUUAAAGAAUUUAGGGAAAAGAUGCAGUCCAUAUUUCCAGCUGUUCCUAAAAGCAAAGAACACAUAUCUAAUCCCGAGUCGUUUACUUUUGAAGACCUUUUGAAGUCUAAGUAAGGAGUGUCCUACAUCUGGAAUAGCGUUGUCUUUGCUGGCUUUGUCUGGCUGGCAGAUGAGCUUAAACUAUUAUGAGGUUUCAUGCAACAAUAUAAGUGGUCCAGGGUGCCUGAAUACACCAUAAAGACACAUUUUAAACCGUUAUGAUAUCGUGUAAAUAUGUAUGCUUCAGACAUGGAAAUGUGGCAUACUAAGCAAUUACUACUGCUUCUUUAAGUUUAAUUGAUAGAUGGACCAAUAUAAUAAACCGUAGUAACAAUAAAUUGUAAAUUAACAAAAGAAUUUUGGAUUGCCUUAAAACGUUCUGCCAUAUUGGUGGUCAUAUCAUUGACAUCAGUAACCUCAUUGCUUUAUGAAGGUUAAUAAAUCUUUGGUAUUUUCUGAGGAUGAGCCACAGUGCUGGAGAAAAAUCCAUGUUUUGUGCUUUCCAGUGGAGUCCGGUCACAGAAACAACAACCAGUACAACAAAUAAAAGCCCUCCUCUACCCUCACCAUCUAGCUGCUAGUAGGGAUACAUACUAUGUUGACUUGAGAAUGACUAAACUUGUAGCACUUUAGCCGUACAAACAUUAUAACUUUAAACAUGCUGGUAAAGCGUGCACGGUUAAAGCAAUAGAGCCAGCAUUCUUGUGUCAACAUAUUCAAUGUUGACAGAAUGACUGUCAACAUGAUGACUACAUUGUAUACUGCUGGUAUUGUAUUCUUUUUUUCAACAGCAAGAAAUGAAGCCUUUCUUUUGUUUGUAUUUAGAAAUAAAUUAUUAUUUUAAUCACAAAGUAAA